AUGCCUAGCACAUGCAAUGUGCUUAUGUGUGAUCAUUAUCUACAAGCGACAACAUUGCAAAAUAUUGGAACCCCAAUAUUCCAACCCCCAGAGUUUUUGAGGCUAUCUUACGAAGAUAUCUUGAAUGCCACAAAUGGAUUCUCACAUACGAAUCUAGUUGGUGCAGGUAGAUUUGGAUCUGUGUAUAAAGGAACUAUGAAUGAUGAUGAUGAGCAGACAGAUGUGGCAGUCAAGGUUCUUAAUCUAAACGUAAGAGGAGCUUGUCAGAGUUUGUCAUUAUCAGAAUGCAAUGCAUUGAGAGGCAUACGUCACAGAAACUUGCUCAAGAUUGUGAGUGUAUGUGACAGCACUGAUUUUCAAGGGAAUGAUUUUAAGGCAUUGGUGUAUGAAUUUAUGGCCCACGGAAGCCUUGAGAAUUGGCUGCAUUGCAUUCCUGUGAAUGAAGGGUUUAGAGCUCUAAGUGCAAUUCAGAGACUGAAUAUUGCAAUUGAUAUUGCAUGUGCAGGUGAGUACUUGCAUUGUGGUACUGACUCAAUUGUCAUUCAUGGAGAUUUGAAGCCGAGUAACAUUCUCUUGGAUCUAGACUUGGUCGCCCACGCUGGCGAUUUCGGAUUAGCCAAAAUCAUCUCAAGCAUUUCACAUAACAUGUCAUCCACAGAAGGAAGCCGUUCAUCUGCAAUAAAGGGUACCAUAGGCUACAUCGCUCCAGAAUAUGGCAUGAAUGAUGUUUUGUCAACUCAAGGGGACGUAUACAGCUACGGAAUUCUUCUGCUUGAGUUGUUCACAAACAGAAGACCCACCUGUGAUGCCUUUGAGGGGUACCAAAAUCUCCAGGAGUUCGUCACCAAUGCUUUACCAAACCGUGUAUUUCAAGUGGUGGAUCCGUUUCUACAUCAACAAGUGAAUGAAGAUGACAAGUAUUAG